GACAGGUUUGCUGGUGUUGUUCGGGACCUGGCUGUUGUAUCUAAUUUUAUUUUACUAAAAUGUUGUGCUUUUUAACGCCAUGUUAGCUUGCUAGCUUUCUGGACAUGGCUCCUUUACCAGAACAAGGACGUCGACAGUCGGACUGCGACUAAUGCCUUACCCUCCUUCCCUUGCCUUGCACCAGAGGAGCUGAGAACAAGAUGCUGCUGAAGAUGCCCCAGAAGCUGCUGAAGACUGCCCACUACAUAGAGCUGGGCAGCUACCAGCACUGGCCCGUACUGAUACCCCAGAGGAUAAGACUUUACACCUAUGAACAAAUUCCCCUCUUCCUCAAAGAAAAUCCCUACAUCACAGACGGCUAUAGGGCUCAUCUGCCCUCCAAGCUCUGCCUUAAGAGCAUUUUUAUUCUGUCCAAUGAGACAGUGAAUAUCUGGAGCCACCUGCUUGGCUUUCUGCUCUUCUUCUCUCUGGGGGUCAAUGACCUCUCCUCAGUACUGCCAGCCUCUGGAGCUAACAGAGAGGACUACGUCAUCUACGCUAUUGGACUGUUCUGCUUCCAGGUGUGCAUGUUGUGUUCAGUGGGAUAUCACCUGUUUUCAUGCCACCGAUCAGAGAAGACGUGCCGUCGCUGGCUGGCAUUAGACUACGCAGGCAUCUCUGUUGGCAUCUUGGGCUGCUAUGUACCUGGGAUCUUCUACGCGUUCUACUGUAAUGCUUUUUGGCGACAGGUCUAUUUGCUGACGGUGCUCUCCCUGAUCCUGGCCGUCUUCUGCGCUCAGGUCCACCCUCGUUACCUCAGUAACGACUGGCGACGGAUACGCAUGGCCAUCUUCUGCUGUGUGGCUGGCAUAAGUGUGAUUCCUGCAUGCCACUGGGUUUUGCUCACUGGUGGAUUUACGUCUGAUGUCGUGCAGCUGUUCCUGCCUCGCGUGAUAGUGAUGUACCUUAUUGCUGGAUCUGCCUUCCUGUUCUAUGUCACCAAAAUCCCUGAACGCUAUUUCCCUGGUCAGCUGAACUACCUGGGCGCCAGCCACCAGUUGUGGCACAUACUGGUGGUUGUGAUGUUUUACUGGUGGCACCAGACCGCUGUGCACAUCAUGCACUUCAGGCACACUCAGCCUUGCCCGACCCGCACCAGCAGGAGCUAAGUGAAACUGAUCAAAUAAUGUUGUUUGAAGGCUAAUCGGUUGUAGGUUAAUAACCAGUUAAACGCACUGUUAAUAUUCAAAACCCUCUAACCACAACAGCUGCUGGUUAGAAGUUACUACCUAAAGGUCUGUCAAACACUAACUACCAGGAGCUCCUGACUAUUAGCUGCUAAAGCUGAGUGUGAUAGUAAUGAGCAGCUAAUACUUUCACUGAGCUGCUGGUUUCUGUUUAUAUGCUUGUGGCCUGGGCAGCUGUUAAAGGCCAGUAACCUUUCUUAAAGUCUCCUUUAACAGUAGUUAUCAGCAAACAGUGGCUACAAGACUUAAGUUAUCCUGACAAAAGGGCAAUAGACCACAGCCUGUGAUGUUUGGUAGUUCCAGGCCAUUGGCUAGUAGUCAGAAGACCUAAGUUUACCCUUCAGGGACUGUAAACUGAUGUCAAAAGUGAUGCACCUGCCCCCCACCCCCCAAGGACAAAAAAUACAGCAUGCAACCCCUGAUGUUGCAUCAUAACCAUUAGAUCAAUGCAUGAAGCAAGAUUUUUUUUAUUUAUUUGUAGAAAAAACUGAGCUUUGAUGUUUUUAUUGAUAAUCAUGUCCUCUCUUAGUUUAGAUUGUGAUUUUUGUACAUCAGGAAACACAAUAGCCCGUGUGAACAAUUACUUUUUUGCCUGUGAUUUUGGUUUAUGUGUCAGUUUGUUCAAGAUUAGAUGCAUGAAAGAUCUUGAUAAAAGGUGGAAAGCACAGAAAAGGUCAUGACCAACAACAUGUAGACACUGAAUUGCUUUUCUCUGGAGAAAUAACGUCUCGGUACCAAAAGUAUUUGGAGCUUUUGAACAAAUAGUUAAAGGUCAAUGAACAACAGUCUGCAAUAUCUGACGAGGUGCAGAACUGAUAAAAUGGAAAUGUGUUUUGUCUUUGGAACAAAUAACGUGACACUUUAACAGCCUAACAGCAUAACAGAUUGGGUAUCACUAGACAUUUUUUUUUUUUAAUUUGUGUGAAAUUACCCCCUUACAGCUUGAACUCUACAGUAAAGACAGUGAAAUCACAUUUUUGCUGACAGUGCCACGAGCAGUAGCAUUUAAGCUCUUACUGAUUGGUCAGCCACCUAACAUAUCAGUCACAGGGAUUAUCACUUACCAGCUGUAGUGGCUAUUAGUUGUCACUUAUCACUUAUCAGUUAUUACGAAGUCUACCGUAAAGGCUUGAUAUGGGAAAAUAUAUUCUCUACUUGAUUCUGUUGUUUAAAUAAGACCAGUGUAAAGUGGCUCGGGUAUUUUAGAUUUUUCCUCAGUACACUUUGGGACAGUUACAUAUUUUAAUGAUAAGGGUUAUGUUUGUGUUUGUUUCUACUUAAUUCCAAUUGUGUUUGUACUUCAUUUGCCUUAUAAUGUUUGAGUAUUUGUACUGUAUACACACUUACUGUUACACUCUGUUCUUUGGUCAUGAGGUGAACAUGAAUCAGAACAAAAUAUCAAACUUAGACCGAUAUCAUCUUUGCUGUUACACCACAAGGCCAGUAUGUUUUAUUUUUUUAAUAGUGCGAUCUAAUUUUUAAGACAAGUUAUGAAUUCAGGAUGAGAACAGUUACUGCUGCAGAGAGCAGAGCUGGAAAAUGCACUGUACAGGUGCUAAAAGAAGUGACUUUAUUUGCAUUUUUUAGUGUGAGUUUUUAUUUUUGAACAUGGCCCUCAUGAUCGUUUCAUCCCGUGAUUGUGCAUUUGCUGAAUAUCAUUUGUAUGAUGGCACUGACUUUCGAGAUGUAUAAUAUUUAUUUCAGUGCCUCUGUGAAAAUAUAUUUUUAAACAUUUUGAAUGAAUAAAGAAUGCUGGAAAAUAAUAUGUUA